AUGGCUUCUGGUCGCUCCUCGACGGAAUCCUCGGACGAUUGUGCCUUUGACUCGGAGAAGGCACACUUGGUCCGCGACCAUGCAUCUGAUUGCCAGUGCCAGGAAGGGCGGACACGCAUCCCCCUUUACUCGAGAUCUCACGUUCUGUGUCUCUAUGCCUCCAACGCGCUUCUCCUUCUCUUUGCAUUUGCUCUGGCCUUAAGACUUGCAGACAGGCCUAUUCAGGACCCUACCCUUGGCGUGUAUUCACCGGCCAAUGAGGCCGUCGAAUACAUCCAAGAAUACAGAUUCCGUCCGUCACUCUUUGACAAGAGCCCUUACAUGGGGUUCCCGACCAAUGAGACCGACGAGCUAUGGAAGGACCUGUACAGGUUUGGCAUCUCCAAGAUCACCGAGGAAGAGGCCAAGAAACUUCCGCACCCGACGCUGCCCAUUCCAGGAACAAAGGAUUACCUCAUCCAGUUGGAUAUCUGGCAUGAAUUACAUUGCCUGAACGACUUGCGCAUGUUACUCUAUCCCGAGCGGUUUCCGGGCCUGGCGGCCGUGACUGACGAGAAUGGGGUGAUUGAUCGGACAAGUAUUGAGUUUCGUCAUUGGGACCAUUGCGUCGAUUCCAUCCGGGAAGCGCUCAUGUGCCACGCCGACGUCGCGCCCAUCCCAUUUCGCGUCAACUUCCCGGCGAACAAGGUCAUCGUGCCGCGCCUGGCGACAACACACACGUGCCGCAACUUCAAAAAGAUUCAGGAGUGGGCGAAGGCGCACAGAGCGGGGGCAUGGUCCUACAAGGUCACGCCCGAGCAAGCGGAGGAGAUUAUGCGGGCGUCUGGCUUUGACAACGCACCCUGGGAAGACAUUCAGGACCAAUACAUGGCGUUUCCGGGGAAUCCAUAUUUCAAAUAUUGGAGAGAGCAUCCCGAAGAGGCCGAGAGGGCAAGGCAGGAAGCGGCUGAGGGAAAAAAGGAGCUCGCAUGA